AUGUCGACCGGUACGGAUCCUAAGCAGCGCUUCCACAGGUCUUUCCUCGACCAUGUCGCUGUUCUUCAGGACCAAAUUGAGGAGCUGAAAUCCAUCUCUACUGUGGCAGGAGAACGUCAGGAAGCCAUCGAUCACAUUCUUGCGGGGAUUUCAAAGAUUCAGAAUGAAGUGGCUGAUGUCGCUGACACCACUCCAGCGUAUGAUCGCAAGCAAUAUUCCGAGACGAUAAAAGGGCUUCAAGAGAAGCUUAGCGAUACUACAGCCGCGCUGGCGCCCAAGUCUCGGUUCCAAUUCAAGCGCACAGCAAAGCAUGUCGACAUGGGGGCUCCGGAGAACGACCCCCGCCUGCUUUCGGGCAGUUUCUCACGAAACCAGCACCAGCCUACUGCUGCGCCUGGCACGCCGAAGCUCGGUGAUGAGGCCGAUGAUGAGUUGAAGGAGUUGCCCUCUGAGAGAGACUACAACGCGGAGCUGUCGAGACCUAGUGCGUCCGCGAUCCGCAAGCCUAGUUUCUCCGCAGCAAGGACCAUUGGAAUCUCGCACCAGACGGGGUUGCACAUUAUCCUGCCCUCAUCGGCGGCCAUGGCCACGGCGUCGGGCAGCUUGAUUAAUCUGACGGGCUGCAUCGUGGACAUGUCGAUACCCACAUCGGAGGGCCACGCUUUCCCGGGGCUGGCGAUGCGCGACAUCAAGAAGAGCUUGAUUGUGGCCGGCAGGGUGGCGGGCCCGGUUCACAUCACGGGUAUCAGCGACAGCAUCCUGGUGCUGGUGGCGCAUCAGGUGCGGAUUCACGACUGCAAGAAUGUCGACAUUUACCUGCACUGCACGAGCCAUCCUAUCAUUGAAGACUGCUCCGGGAUGCGAUUUGCUCCCCUCCCGGCAUGCUAUAUGACGGAAUCGGACAAAGCCGCAGAGAACCAGUGGGACCAGGUCGACGACUUCAAGUGGCUCAAGGCCGGCCACAGUCCUAACUGGACAACAAUGAGCGAGGCGCAGAUUUUGAGCGACGAAAUCUGGACAAAGGUCGUGCCGGGACGGCCUGGUGCAAGUGUCGUUGAGACCUUGGCCAAGGUUGGCAUUUCACCGCGAUGA